CCACAGCAAACCUUAUAAAUCCAAACCCAGAUCCUAAUCAUCAUCAUCUUCCUCCUCCUCCAUAAUUGUCCCUCUCCGUUUUGGAGGAUGCUCCACCAAGUCCAAGCUCCUCCUAGCUCGGACAAAAAAGCACAACCUAAAGCUAAAGCUGCUAUUUCUGACUUUCUUCUUACCCAUUCUUCAACAUUUCAACUCUCUCUCUCUCUCUCUCUCUCUCUCUCUCUUUCACUUCCUUUGACUCUGUUACUCCUGCCCCAUUUUGGUUCUCAUUUCAACUAACACUGUCACCUUCUAAAUUUUGAAACUUUUUCGCGGUUAUUGCUGUCUGUCCUUCAAUUCAAGAUUCCGUUUUUGGUUCCCCCAGUGACUGAGGUUUUUCGGUUUCCAUGGCUAUAGAUUUGUGCUCUGAGAUUUCCAGCGCGGGAAUCAGCCCUAGAAUCUCCUUCUCGCAUGAUCUGAAGAACGCUAAGGAUGACGACGCCGACGACCCACUUGAAGACCACCGUCGCAGGCGAUCGGACUUGUGCCUGUUGGAAUCCAGCAGCUCCGACUUUGUCUUCUGCAUUUCCGAUACUGUGUUGUCUCAAGAUCUGUCUUCUGCUGAUGAGCUUUUCUCCAAUGGCAAGAUCGUGCCGAUGGAAAUUAAAAAAUCAAAAUCCCCGAAUCCCUCUUCUUCUUCUUCUAACAGUGAGAUUCAUCCAUUUUCAGAGUCUGUUGUUUGUCCUCGUUCUGAAACUUUGGGCACUGGAUGUACAGAGAAGAAAAAGAGACUCAUAGAGUUCCUAAACGAAGAAGAAAAGCCUCCAUCGAAAUCUUUCUGGCAAUUCAAGCGAAGUAGUAGUUUGAAUUAUGAAGGCACACGUGGAAAAAGCUUGAUUCGAUCAUUACAGUUUCUAUCGCGAAGCAAAUCGACUGGUUCGUCACUGAAUCCUAAACAUCUGAGAUUCCAAAGGAAACACAGAAACAGAGGUUGCAGAAACAAUCCUCUGUUUCUAGCAGAAGGCCAUCGUUGUCGUCGUCGUCGUCGUCUUCUUCAACUUCAAGUACAUUUUAUUUCUAUAGUUCGUCUCGGAAUUGUUCUGUAAAUAGUAAGAAAUGUGGAUCUUCUGGUAAUGGGGUUCGAAUCAGUCCAGUGUUGAAUCUGCCGCAAGCGUAUAUUCCAAAAGCUUAUGUGGGUUUCUUUGGAUUUGGUUCGCUUUUCUGUAAUGGGAAGAUCAAGAGGAAGAACAAGUAGAAGAUUUUGUA